AUGGCUCCGAAGAAGCGUCCGGCUGUCGAAGGAGAGAAGCGGGCGACCCGCGGCUCUACGGUGACUGCGGCAAGGGCGACCCGUAGCCAGACUGCUGUGGGGAAACUGAAUCUAACCCCUCCCCUCGGCCACGAGUCUUCGCCUAAGAAGAAGAAGGCGAAAACCCCAACUCCGAAGGAGCAGGAGGCGAAGCCCGAGGAGGAAGUCCCAGCGCCGCCCUCGGACCCGGAGCAAACGGAGGAGAAGCCGGCAGGUGACGGUGCGGCGGAAGGAGUUGUUGAUAAAGCUGCUAAACCGGAGGAUGACGCUGAGAAGGCCGGUAGCGACGGAGAAGCUAAGGAUGAUGUUGGCGAGGCCGAGAAAGUUGGCAAGGGGGUGGAAGCGCCGGAGCAGGACAACGGUGGCAGUGCCGCGGCGAGGACUGUGGUCAUCGAGCACUGCAAACAAUGCAGACAAUUCAAGGUGAGGGCUGAUAAGGUGAAAGAUGGCUUGGUGGAAGCUGUACCUGGGAUUACUGUGCUGCUCAAUCCUCAUGGGCCGCCUAGGAGGGGUUGCUUCGAGGUACGAGAGGAAGGAGGCAGAGUCUUCAUCAGUCUUCUGGGUAUGAAGCGCCCAUUCCAGCCAAUGAAGGAUCUUGACAUGGAUCAAGUUGUGGCAGACAUUGCUAGCAAGCUCAAAUGA